GUUACGCAGUUGGCGCAGACAGAGAGUGAGUCCAUGUCAGGUACCUGCGGAAGGUGCGCAGAGCCCUUAGUGAAUCUCAGGUCUGGUGCUUUCACGUACAGCAGACGGCAGAGUUUUUUUAAUUUUGGUACCGAGCGGAGAGGAGAUGCACACGGCACUCGAGUGAGAGUGCCUAAUUCAGAAGAGUUGGAAAUCCCCCCGCAUACCAUAGCGUCAGGACUGGGGGUAAAGCAGGAGGAAAGGUAUCACGGGGACCAGAAGUAAGAGGACAAUGCGAGUCCACGUGCACACCAAGUUCUGUUUCCUGUGUGUGCUCACCUUUCUCUUCCAUCCGUCCAGCCGCUGUAAUGGAGAAGGGCACGGCCACCAACACGGUGGACAUCAACAUGCUGACCACAACCACGUGCACAAUGACCUUCAGAUCUCUGAGGCGCCUUAUGUGAGAGGAGCUACUACCCCUCCAGAGCCUACCAUUCACCAAACACACUCUUCAGAGGAAGAGCAACAGUUUUACAUACAGCAGCUGUUCAGGCGUUAUGGCAACAAAGACCGGUUAGAUUUCCAAGGAUUUCAGAGUCUACUGUUAAGCCUGGGUCUGGGAGAAGUGAAGGUGGUAGGUCUUGAUCAUGAUGAACUUGGACAUGACCAUGUAGCUCACCUAGACUUACUGGAUGUGAAGGAGGGGCUUCACAAUCAUUCACCCAACAAACAAGGCCAUGGCAAGGGUCAUCCCCACCAUCCACACACGGAUCAGGUUCCAACAGAGUGCAGCUAUCACACUACUGCUAUUAAUCCUGCUUCUGGUGCACCAACGGGACCUGACCAUGACCAUGAUCAUAAUCACGAUCAGGAUGCCGGACAAGGUCAUGACCAUGCCAAGGUAGAGGAUAGGGACCAUAAACAUUCUGAUGGACAUGUACAGGACACACAUGUUCAUCAACAUGACCACAAUGCUGAUCAUGCACAUGAAAAAGAGCACAAACAUGAGCAGGACCGUUCUAAGAGAAAGGACCAGCCUCCUCAUGAUCACAGCGACCAUGAUCACAGCACUCAUGAUCACAGCGACCACGACCACAGCGACCAUGAUCACAGCACUCAUGAUCACAGCAAUCAUGAACGUGUCAAAGAGCAGGUACAGUAUAACCAGAAGGACCUGUCUUCUCAACCGCACAUAGAUCGCAACCACAGCGAUCAUGAUCACAGCAACCACAAACAUGGGGACGGUGAUCACAGUGAUCACAACCAUAACAAGGACCACAAACAUGAGCAGAUACAGGUACAGUCUGAAAACAAGGACAUGUCUUCUCAUCCUCGUAGUGGUACUACUAACAGUGAUCAUGACCAUGCUACACAUGAUCACAGUGAUCACGACCACACUGAUCACGACAACAGUAAUCAUGAUCACAGCGACCACGACCACAGCGACCACGACCAUGGCAUGGAACGCAAAGAUGAGCAGCCACAGGUACGCUCUGGCACCAAAGACCUUCCCUCUCAACCUCACAGUGGUCAUGACCACAGCGAUCAUGACCAUAGUGACCAUGAUCACAGCGACCACAGUGAUCAUGACCACGACCAUGGACAAGUCCAUGAAGUGCGGACAGGUACAGACACUGCACCAAGCAACCAGCUGCAGCAGCCGCCCCAGGUCUCUCCAGAUCCACCACCUUCUGCCACCACAGAGAGCCAGACAAAGAGGCCGAGAAAGCCCAUCAGAGCUGGAGGACAGCUUGGGGCAAACAAAGGCACUUCUUUGUCUGAUGGCCAUGACCACCAACAUGGACAAGGUCAUGACCAUGAUCAUGACCACGGUCACGGCCAUGGUCACAGCCAUUCGCAUAAGCGCAAGAGGGAAGCACCAAGAGGGCACGCACAUCCCACUCUGCCUGGCCUUGGCAUGUCCAGUCAUGCAGGAGGAAAGACUCAUCAGCAUGAAGAGUGUUUGAACCUGACUCAGCUCCUCACCUACUACGGCCUGAAUCCAGAUGCUGUCAUCUCCCCAGCCCAGUUCACCCACCUGUGUCCUGCCCUGCUCUACCAGAUAGAUAGCCGUGUCUGCAUUCGCCAUUACCACCAGAUGGAUGUGGAGCAGGAGGAACUAGAGACUAAAAGUUCAGUGUGGGUGUGGCUCUGGGGCUUUGUCUCCAUCACCAUCAUCAGUCUGCUGUCUCUGCUGGGAGUGGUGCUAGUACCCAUCCUGAACCAGGCCUGCUUCAAGUUCCUGCUCACCUUCCUGGUGGCGCUGGCUGUGGGCACGCUCAGUGGAGAUGCUCUCCUUCAUCUGCUGCCUCAUUCUCUACAGUCUCAAGGGACCCAUGACCAUGACCAUCACGGGCACGGGACGAGCCAAGACACGGAUCUGCUUAUUGCCUUUGAUGGAGUGUGGAAGGGCCUCACAGCUCUGGCCGGCAUCUACCUCCUCUUCAUCAUCGAGCACUGUAUCGGCAUGUUUAAGCACUACAAAGACCACAAGAGUAAGAAAGAAAUCGAGGAGGGCAAGAUCGGCAGGAAGUUGUCAGACCACAAGUUAAACAGGCGCUCAGACGCAGAGUGGCUGCACCUGAAGCCCAUCAGUGAAGACCAUGACGUCACUGUCAUCUCCUGCGACAACGGUCAUAACGACACACAUCUCACAGAGCUUCAGCCUCCCGACUCUCCCACCACCAGGACGCCACUGGCACCACAGCUCGCCACACAAGAGCCGCAGUCACCCAAAAAGGAGAACGGACGUAAGGCCAAGAAGCAGGGACAUGGACACGGUCACUCUCACGGAGGGAACUGCCACUCAGACCAGGAGAUGAAGGACGCUGGUAUAGCCAGCAUCGCCUGGAUGGUCAUCAUGGGCGAUGGCAUGCAUAACUUCAGUGACGGCCUGGCUAUAGGUGCAGCGUUCAGUGCGAACCUGACGGGAGGCAUCAGCACAUCAGUGGCUGUUUUCUGCCAUGAAUUACCUCAUGAGCUCGGUGACUUUGCGGUGCUGCUGAAAGCCGGGAUGUCGGUGAAGCAGGCCAUUGUCUACAAUCUGCUGUCCGCCCUCAUGGCCUACGUUGGCAUGCUGAUUGGCACAGCUGUGGGCCAGUACACGAACAGUGUCACCAGCUGGAUCUUUGCCAUCACAGCUGGCAUGUUCCUUUAUGUGGCUCUGGUGGAUAUGCUGCCAGAAAUGCUUCACGGGGACAGUGAGGACUACAAGCGCUGCCAGCUGGGACACUUUAUCCUGCAGAACCUGGGCAUGCUGACCGGGUUCGGCAUCAUGCUGCUCAUUGCCAUCUUUGAAGACCAAAUCGUUUUUGAUUUUGGCUUCAAGUAAAGAAGAGAAAGGGGUGGUGGGAAAUGAAGGAGGGGAGAGCUGGAUGUAUCAGUAUUGUUCUUCUUGGCCUUAUCCUGCUUUGUUUGCGAUGUAACGGCCCAGUCUUGCAUGCGAUGUGAGUCUCGUUCAUGGCCCGCGCCUCCAUUCCAAACAAGCAGUGGUUAGCUUAUGCAUAUCUCAUGACUGUGCCAGUGAUGUUUACACUCUGCUCCUCCAUCACCUUUCCUCUGUCAGCUUCAAUCUGUCUACUCCCUGAGAAACAAAAGAAGGCUGGAUGAAAGAAGAGCUGCUAUCCAACCAGAAACACCUCUGCUCUGAAUCAGUAACCUCCACCUUAGGUGGAGCAGGGCUUCCUGCAGAGAGGCAGCUGUCAGCCCAGCAGCUUACCGCGUUUGCAUCAUCACCUGUUGUUAGCGUGUUGCUGUCCUCGUACCAUGCCAUCUUCAUCUCUUACCCGCUCUGUGCUGUGUCCCAUCAUCCAUAACGCUUACAUCUGUGAUGUGUGUUCCACCCGCCAUCCGUCAUCAACUUUUGAUGUGAUCACGCUGCGUACCAAACAUCUCAUGUCUCUGUGCCAAGCCCUGGCCACUGGAGCAGAACCACAGCUGCUCCACACAUCACAGUCACAGUGUCCUUAAAGAGAGGCGGAGCUCAGCGCUGCUAGAUUUAACAUCUGAAACAAACCCUUAAGCUCGUGUUGCUUCACCCGCUAAAUGUGGACCCGACUCUGAACUGCACUGUCCAAACACAAGUGUUUCCCUCAUGCUGCAUGGGAGGUUCCCCAAUUAUUCAGUGUUAUUUUGGUACCACUUCCAUUCGUCUUACUUUACUUGUGUUUUACUUUCUAAUUUAAUCUUUUGGAUUCAAUAACUAAUUUUGUAGUUAAUGGUGAUUUCUAACAAAGCUGCCAAAGCCUUUAAAAUAUAGCAUUUACAACUCGUCAACGUUUUCUUUAGAAACUAGAUGUUGAAUACGUCAGAUCAAGGUUUUUUUUAGGGUUUGACAAUCUGUAGCUGAAGGAGACAUUUCCUGGUUAGGUCUUCACGCUCUCUCUUACUUGAUACAAAUCAACAAGUUUAAAAUGUGAAUUCAAAGGUACUAGUUCUACUUGUCUCCAUCAGUUAAAUAUAGUUCAUUAGCUUCAUUUAGGGUGUCUCUUUGAGUUUCUUAAAGGUGCUGCAGUGGAUGUUAUAUUACAGUGGGAGCAGGAGUGUUGUGAUGUACUGUACAUACAUGCUGUCUCUUUAGUGUCAGUAGUCAAGCAGCUAAAAGCUCAUUUUCUUUCCUGCUAAAUAAAGAUAACGCUGCACCUCUGUCAGGGAAUCAGUUCACCUCAACUAUCUGAGAGACCAAUCAGAAGACAGAAUAAAAAAGCGGGUGCAUUCAAACGACAGCAUUCCCUGCACUUGUAAUGGAUGUUAAACCUGAUUUAUUAAACCUUGUGAUUAUUAAUAUUUUAAUAUUUUUCUUAUGUUUCCGAGGGUGUACGUUAAAGUUGCUGCUGAUUGUGCCAAAGCUGGCCUCAGUGUGGAUUUUCAGUGGCUGGUGCUUGACACUGCCCCUCCCUUAUGCCCCCACAUUCCAUUAGCUGUUCUGUGGCUCACUUGCUAAGCUAUGUAGCUUCAGCUGCUGGAGCACACUGAUAACGUGUAGCUUCAUUUAUCCUGUCACUGUGUGACAUCAUCCAUCAUCUAUGUCUAAACUGGCUGUAAACCAUCAUCAGUCACAUUGAACUCAUGUAGUUGAUCUGACUGAAUCAUGCAUGAAGCAUGAGUGAGACGGUACAGAUGUUGUGCUGAGUGUAACUUUGUUUUCAUUCUUUGUACUGCAAAGUUAAGAUGUUGACAACUUUUGUUACUUUUUAAAUGAGUUGUGUGAAGAUCCUGAGAGGUUCUUCGGGGUGUAGUGUAACUGCUGUUGUGACCUUUUUUUAAUUAUGCAGGUUCGAGCACAGGACUACUGAAGCGUAUUCACAUGAGAACAAAAAAUCUGCUCAGUUUUUCUGAAUUAAGGAGUUAAUUAUCUCUGAAUUAUGAGGAAAGUGUUUGUCUGAAUAAAAGAUAAAUCCUCUGUUUUUCUCAGAACAGGCCUUAUGUCUAAACAGCUGCAGAGUCCUCAGGUGCCUGCACAAAGUUGACAAGCUAAUCACAAUACCAUCUAUGUUACUUAGAGACACGAGUAUCUCCCAAUGUCUUAAACCCAGAGCCAAAUAAACUGGAUUCAACUGAACAACAGGGGCAUGUUUGCUUCCUUGUGUGGCCUUGUUGGGAUUGUACUAUAGAGGUAUGUCAUUCAUUCAGAAAUACAGAGCUGAUUUUUUUUUUAUUGACAGAAAAUGUUCUCAUAAUUCUGAGAUAAUUAACUUGUUAUUCAGAGAAACAGAGCUGAGUUUUUUUCUCCCAUGAGCGCACUACGCUUCAGUGCAGGACUUAACCGCCUUGCUGUUUUCUUUCUACAGACCUUUUUCACUUUGAGCUCAGGCUUAAGUGCACACACGUUCUCCAGGACCUGAAUGUAUUUCCAUUCUGUUAAACACCAAGUUCAGUUUAUAAUUCAAAGUGUUGUAGUUUUUGACAUGAUUACUUUGUUUUCUAUGAUGUUGAUUUUGAUUCUGCUCUUUAUAUUUGAGUUUCUAUUUAAGUUUAGGGUGAUUUUCUUGAAACAGUAUUUCUUUGUUGGUAGAACUUGUUUAAACUUAAAUCAGAUGUUUGAGAAGUUUGAUGCUUAAAGACACUACACCCCAAAGACAGGUGUCUUCACGGUUCUUGAGCAACAAAUUGAAAAUGAAGGUCUAUGAUUGUGUUCAUUCUUGCUCUGUUGUCUAUACAUUUGUUGAGUAAUCUGGAUAUAAAAUGCAAAAUGUGACAUCCUUGCUGUUUGACUGUCUGUGCUUCUCUACCAUUACAUAAAGGACAAUAAACUCUAGAAAUAUCCCUGA